AUGGGCCUCCUGCGGCCUUGCUUCUUCCUCUGCCUUCUGCGCGGGCGAACCCCUUUUCGUCUUCCCAGGGAUGUUAGAAGAGAGCUAAAGAUAAAAGCGUUUGUGGUUCUUGAAUCGGCGCAAAAUAUGGACAUAGUCGUGCAAAGAUCCCUGACAGAGCGAGCCUGUCCAGAAUGCAACCAUCAUAAACUCGAAUAUUACACGAAGCAGCUUCGGUCGGCGGAUGAGGGGCAGACUAUCUUCUACGAGUGCCCGGAGUGCGGCCACACGUUCAAUGAGAACACCUAA